AUGGUACGUUAUCACAGUGCCUCAGAUGAGCACAGAAGCAUUGCUCCAUGUCAGCAUCGUUACGUUAUUUCAAUAGCUAUUGCGAUAUCUAUUGAGUCUGUAAACCAAGACUACAUUAAUAUUCCGUACAAAAACUUCGUAUCGCUGUUGGAAAUUGACGGCAUGGUCAGGCUUAUGCUCGUGCUAAAUCGCCUAAUGUCAGAGAUCUACGAGACGGUGACGGCUGCCUGCAAUAUGGACGAACACAAACCCGGCAGCUUCCCAACUGAACUGUCAGAUAAUACUAGCGAAGAAUCUGUCAAACUAACUCGCAGCCUAACAGAGAAGCGUAAAAACUACGUGCGUCGUGUCUCCUCCCGCGUGGCUUACAUCGACCAAAAUGUCAAGACCCGUUUUCGUCACCAGACAUCUGUUUGUUCAUACAAAUCAGAUCUAGACACGUACUCCACUUUCCGCUCGUGGAAGAGUUUUAGAACAUCACAAAAUAAUUUAGCCAAAAUGACGGUAGACACAGAUAUGCCAGAUGCAGGCGAUAACUUGAGUAUAGAUGAGAAAACUGGCUGCGUCGAUUUGGCUCUGCCCUUCGAGGCAAGAGAGAGAGGAUUAUUCAAUGUUUGCCUGCUUGUUGGGUUGAAUUAUAUGACUGGGCAGGCGUAUGUGAAGAGUGUGUUUCCUAGUCAGGUCCAAGUCCCUCCACAUAUAGAGAACCUAAUUUUCCCAGAAACACUAAGUGGCUCUUUAGGGGAGUGGUCGGCAGAGAGGGAUGCCCAAUGUUAUUCGCUGGUGCUCACUGAUGAGAAGGGAGAACGGGCUUAUGGUUAUUGUCGCCGAGUGUUACCAGAGGGCGCCACAACAUGUCUUCCCUUAGGAUACUGUCUCAUUGGGAAAUAUAGAGCCCCUGGAUUCUAUUAUAAGAUUCUUCAAGAAAUCGAAUCGCAUCAUGGCAACCCCGAGAUUGAGCUAAACCAGGUGCUACAGCAAUUGUUCGAAACCGAUUUUCCAAAUCCUGGCGAACAGAUAACCAUAACAUACAAUAGGACAGAAAAGGGGACCGUAAAGAAUACUCAAAAUGUUUUCAAAAAUAGAACCUUACCAAGAAAGGGUGAGGUCUCAAUAAAUAUCAGCGUUAAAACUGAGUCUGUAUCCGAUGAUACGAGUGCGGCGGAAUGUAUUGAGAAGGAGAAAGAGAAGGAGAUUGUAGUAGAUAAGGAGAGUUUGGAGAAACAUGAGUUGCCGGAGUUUUAUGAUUUGGAGAAUAAUAACAGUCCGAAAAGAGUUAUGAUUUGUCUUGAGAGUCCAAGCAUCGUUUCCUCGUGUAUGGAGGCCCUACAAAGCGCUCUUUACCCCUUCGUGUGGCAACAGCCUUUAAUAUCCACCAUACCAGCUGAAAUCCAUCGAGACGUUUUGGAGGCACCUUUGCCCAUACUUGCUGGGAUGAUGAAAUCACACGAUUUUGAUACAAAUGUGCUGUUUGAGGAGGGCAUGUUAAUAGAUUUAACCAACCCAAAUAAAGUAGUAUUUUAUCAAGGAGACGAAUCCACAAUUUUACCGACACAUUGCUAUAAAACUCUCAAAACAUCACUAAACAUGGAGACAAACAAACAAAAGGAGAGACAGGAUACGAAAACGAGAAAUGUCAUGAUAUCUGAGGCGUUUUUACGGUUUUUCGUCGAUAUUUUGGGAGAAUUUUCCAAGUUUUUCACUGAAAGAGAACUAAAGGAUGGCGAGUUGGGAAAGGAUGGUGUUGUUUUUGAUAAAGAAGCAUUUAUCAAACAAACAUCGUCAAAACAAAACCAAUUCUUCUUAGAGUGGUUUACUGAAACCGCCAUGUUCACACAUUUCAUUCAAAACAUGGCAGUCUUCCAUAAAAAACCAACGGAUAACGACUCGUUACUGGUGGACACACCUCUACCGAACUUUUACGAACUUUUUAACGAGCGAGUGAAAAGUAGGAACCGUGCUAGUUCGAAAAUAAGUGAGAAAAACUAUAAAAGUGCAGUGAACAAGAAAGUUAAACUCUUAAAGACAAAGUUGAGAGAUUUAGUUGCGUAA